AUGGCCCUGACUACAUGUGAGAUCGUUUGGUUACGUUGGCUUCUUGCAGAUAUGGGAAUUAACAUUUCUCAGCCUACUCCUCUACAUUGUGAUAACAAAAGUGCUAUGCAGAUUGCAAAGAAUUCUAUUUUUCAUGAGCGGACAAAACAUAUUGAGAUUGAUUGUCAUUUUACUCGUCAACAUCUUCAGCGUGGGACAAUUUCGCUUCCUUUUGUUCCAUCAGCCUUGCAGAUUGCGGAUAUUUUUACCAAGGCUCAGUCGACAUCUCAGUUCCGGUUCUUAUGUGACAAACUCUCAAUGCUCAUUACUGUUGCAUUAUACAUCCAAGGAACCAUCACAUAUGGUCUUCACUUACACCCCUCUCCAACCGCUUCUCUCAUCGCCUAUACGGACGCGGAUUGGGGAGGCUUUGUGUGUGAGGUACUUGGAGUAUCUUCAGAUGUUGUGGAGAAAACAUCAGAAGUUGUAGGAGUUACAACAACUGGUCUGGUCGGGUCAAGAUUCGGGAUCAUUCCUCAAGAACCAAUCCUAUUUAAAGGCACAGUGAGAAGCAAUGUUGACCCAAUUGGUCAACAUUCUGAUGAAGAGAUUUGGAGGAGUCUCCAACGAUGCCAGCUUUAUGAUGUUGUAGCUGCGAAACCUGGUAAACUAGAUUCUGCAGUUGUUGAUAACGGCGAUAACUGGAGCGUGGGACAACGGCAACUUCUAUGUUUAGGAAGAGUGAUGCUGAAGCACAGCAGGCUGUUGUUCAUGGACGAAGCAACGGCUUCUGUUGACUCACAAACAGAUGCGGUAAUUCAGAAAAUCAUACGCGAGGAUUUUGCUGAUUGUACCAUCAUCAGCAUUGCGCACAGAAUACCAACUGUUAUGGACUGUGAUCGCGUUCUAGUCAUUGACGCUGGUUAUGCUAAAGAAUUUUAUAAACCAUCGAGGUUGAUAGAGAGACCGUCGCUGUUUGGCGCAUUGGUUCAGGAGUAUGCAAACAGGUCUUCAGGUUUAUGA